UACCUCCAGAGCACCCCUUCCGUGGAAAGUGAGCCCGUUUUGAUAAACAUCGGACCCACCCCCAGCAGGGGUCACUCCUAUUCUGAUGUGGAAGGCUUCUCCAGGGCCUGAUGUUGGGCGGCGGACCACGGUGUCAGAGAGGGAGUUGAACUCAUCCAUUGAAUGCCUGUGGUGACAUGUAGGGAGCAAAGCAAGAAGAAGUUUCUCCGCUGACUAAAAAUCAGACCCUUGGCAAACAGGAUGCAGACAUCCCCUUGCUAUAUCCCUAUCGUGAGCAGUGCGACCCUGUGGGAGAGACGCACACCCAGAGUCCACCGAAGCCCUCAUCAUGAAAGAACCACCAUGCCCUGCUCCAGAUUCAUUACUCACAUGAAGAAUUUCUCUGAAUCUUUUGAAUUUAAUAGGCCACCACGUUUUCUACAUAUCGAAGAAAAGAUUCAGAGUCCAGUGGCAUAUAAGAGACUAUUUUGUACUUACAAGUACAUCGUCCCAAGGUCUCCUGAAAGAACAGUUUCUUUCGAAGAAGACGAAAGGUAUGGAGAGGUCUACUCCUCCCCAACACCCAGUGAGACAGAUGAGGCCCCGCUGAUCUAUACGGCCAGAGAAGAAAUUAGGAAGAGAACCAAAGGAGUGCCCAAGCAGGCGUGGAGCAGUCCAUUUGUGGGCCAGCAAAUGGCACAAAAACCUGCUGAACAAUACUCAGCAAAUCCUCUUCACCUGGAGGCUGCGGGCAUGCACAUGACUAGACACAGGAGGCUGCAGAACCAGCCCUCCACCAGAGCCAAGGGAAAUUCUGGUUCCCACGUGAGACCGUCCACCGCCAUCGGCUUCUGCAGGAGGAGCCAGACCCCCCAGGCCCGGCAGAGCGUCUGGCGGAGCUCCUCGGAACCCGAGCUGGAGGAGACGAGCGCAGAGGCCACGGCCGGCUUUCCGGCACCCCGAGACGUGCAAUGCGGGCUCCGGUGCGCGUCCGGAAAUCCAGUGGGACGGAGCCCGGUUGCCAUGGCACUGGAGACGCUCCCCAAGCAUCCCCAGGCCCCGGGAGACAGGAGGCCCGGGGGAGACACCUCCCUCCAGGGCGAGCUGGCAGCGUCGCCCCUUCCUCUGCUGGCCGGGGCUUCCACCCUUUUCUCCUCCAAGAGGUUAAUAAAGGUUUGCUCGGCGGCUCCCCCGCGGCCGCCCCGGCGCUACCAUACGGCGUGUUCACAGGCGCUGCCCAGGCCGGUGGUGAAUGCGCACUUGCGCUGA